AUGACGCACAACCUGCGCUCCCUCUAUCGCGCGUUCCUCCGCGAACUGCCGCCCCGCCCACUCCUCAAGGGCCCACGAUCGCCUCUGCAUGCUCAGCUGCGCGCCGAGUUUGAGGCUCCGUCCGCUUCCUCAGCGUCUUCUGCGCCCUCUUCGUCGUCACCGACUCCCACUCCGGCCGCCCAGUCGGCCUUCCACGGCGAGCAGUACCUCGCCUUCCUGCAAGCCCAGCGCACACACACCAUGCUACUCGAGCGCUACAAUCCCAACCUGGCCGGCGACAUGGACGAGGCCGAGCGGAUUCGGUUGACGGCGCGGCGUGUGGGCAUCAACCUACCCGUCGAGUUCAAGGACGGCGAGGGCAGUGAGGGCGAGGGCGAGACGAAGUGA